AUGUCCACAAUCACCAACUCCGGCGAGGAUAUUAUACAUGCCCGCAACGAUAUUUCUCCGCACGACAUCUCCGACGACAACGGCGACAACGACGGGUACGAGAUCAAGCGUACAGCGCGUGAUAUACUUGAACACGGCUACAGCAGGAUAGCCCUACAAUUCCCCGACGAGCUGUUGCACCACUCGGUCGGCGUGUACCGGGAUCUCGUGCGGGAACUGGCCGAGUUGCGCCGUCUCAAUCCAGGCACCGCCCACAGCGUCUACAUCCUCGCAGACACCACCUACAACGCCUGCUGCGUCGAUGAAGUCGCAGCCCAGCACGUCGACGCCGAUGUUAUCGUCCACUACGGCCACGCUUGUCUAGAACCGAGCGCUCGCCUCCCCGUAAUCUACGUUCUCGGGAAGAGGCGGUUGGAUGUGGGGGUGUGUGUCGAUGCAGUUGCCCAGAGUAUCCUGCAGAGGUACACCAACACCCACUCACGCGCCCUCCUCGUCUCUGACACCGCGUACGCGUGGAAAGCACCAGCCGUGUGCGAUGGCCUCAAUCGCAGACUAAAGGACAUGACCGUACACUUGCAUAACCGCCCACCUUCCAUCGUCUACCCGGCUCUCAAUAGCGGCGCUCCCCCACCCGUUCGCCCCGCCGACGAGUCUAAGAUGCAGGACCACGAGGCCGAUGGGUCUGCCUUGAAGGGCGAGGAGGCUGCGCGUGGAGAGGAUUGUGGUUGCAGCGAUACCAAGAAUAGCUGCACAUUAAGCAACUCAUGCAACUCUUGCACAUCCACAAACCCCCGCAACCCCUCCAUAGCACAGCGACCAGUCAGCACCACCACGCUCCCCACCGACGCACCUCUCCCACCGCGUACCUUGCUCAUCUACAUUGGGGGCGCGUCCUUAAAGCUGACAAAUCUCGUCCUCACACACGCCGGCGUGGCAGUGCUAGCGUAUGACCCAACCACUCACAACGUGAGCGAUGCGACAGGAAGUGAGAACCGCUUGCUACAGCGGCGGUAUGCGCAAGCGUCUAAAGCGCGCGACUGCGACGUAUUCGGUCUGGCUGUGGGGACACUCUCGACCGCCAGCUACCUCCCACUCGUGCGAGCGUUGCGCGCCAAGCUGCAAGCCCAUCGCAAGAAAGUUUAUACGGUGGCAGUAGGCAAGUUGAACCCGGCCAAAUUGGGCAAUUUUGGUGAAAUCCAGGCGUGGUGUGUCGUCGCGUGCAAAGAGAGCAGUAUCGUUAAUAGCAAGGAAUUCAUCACUCCCGUCGUUACACCUUUCGAGCUCGAAAUGGCACUCGAUGGUCGUACGUGGACGGGUGAGUAUGUACUCGAUUUCCCCGCCCUCCUCGAUCCAUCCAGCAGGUGGAAUUUGAGCGGUAGUGGCGAGGCGGAGCAGGAGCAGAAUCACCUUGUGCAUCACGACCCUGACGCACCCACAUUCUCCGCUUCUUCCGGUCGACUAGUCCAUCAUCGCAGAUUCGACGACGGAGUUUCAUCUGAUGCUUCUGCACAGGUGCAGAGGCAGCUGGAAGAGGGUGCAGACGCACUCACACUCAGAACCAAGGAAAACGCAUUGCAGGUCAUGCACAACUCGGCCGCUGCCGCUUUCCUCCACAACGAACGCUCCUGGAAGGGUCUAGAGGUGCGCGAGGGCCAAGACGCCCCUAGUCAGCUUGAGACGGGCAGGGCGGGUGUUGCACGUGGCUACACCCUCCCCACUUCUCUCUCUGCCAGUGAGUCGGUCGAGAAGGCAGAGAAGAAGAAAUUCUGA